AUGCCCAAGCAGGCCGGCAGCUGGGAGAAUGCAGACUUCCUCAUGGAGCUGUCCCUCGCCCUUUUCCAAGUCGCCAGCAACGGCGGCGCUCUGAGCGCCCAGGCCAAGAGUGCCGUCGAGGACUAUCUCAAGGCCCAAGGCCACGAUCAGUCCUGGGAGUCUGUCCGGCUUCUGUUGGAUGCUCUUCUUUCCGAUUCACACACACACCUUGCUCUAUUUCUGCCAAUCUUCACCCUGUUUGCCUCAUGCGGCUGUCUAUUUGGCGCCUGCUUUCUCCAAGAGGCGGUGAAUUCAGCGGCUGCUUCUGCCACCGCACCCCUCUCGCCUGCGAACCCAGGCUUCCCUGCUCCCUUUGAUCCCUUCAUCUUCCCGUGCCGCCAUCCUCGCGCUCUCUGGCUCUUCUUCUUUCCCCGGAAGCCUCUCUCGCCUCUGCGAUCGUCUCCCCUUCUCCUCUUUGCCUCUACUUUACUCGACCCAGACGUAGCUGUCGUCAUGGCCCGGACCCAGAUGAAAUGGGACGCCUCAGCCCACGAGGCCAUGCUCAUCUGCAUAGUCAAACACUGCGACCUGAACGCCAAUAACAUGGCCAAGGUCCUGGACGAGAUGAAGAACAGGGGUUACGAGUUUACAGAAAAUGCCUUCCGUCAAGUACUCUGCCACCCCCAAUAUCCCGUUGUCUUUGCUCUGCAUUGCUCUACCGUGCUGUACAUGACGCCGCUUCCCUCCAAGCUAACCACCGCUCUCCUGUCUAGUCAACACAUCCAGAAGCUCCGCAAGACUCGCGAUACUUCUGCUCUCGACGGCUCUGCCGCCUCUGGCGAUGGCUCCAAGGCCUCCACUCCGCGCAAGGCUACGCCGCGCAAGACCCCGGCGUCGGGCCGCAAACGAAAGGGCGCCGUUGACGACGACGCAGACGAUCUCGGUCGCGACCUCAAGGUUGAGGACGAGGAGGGCGCCACGACUACCCCUUCCAAGCGCAUCAAGAGCGAGCCUGCCUCUGAAAUUCGGGACUGGAGGAAAGCGGCGUUCCUGCUUGGCGAAUCCUAA